CCCGGUAGUUGAAUCAUUUCAGAAGCUGGUGCGCGUGUGUACAUUGCUGGAAACCCCUCCGCAGUGCCCAUACGACUAAUUAACAAACAAAUGCACUUGAAAUAGCCCACUAUAAACCUAGAUGUAUUUCAGAAGAUAAAACAGCUAGCCUGAGACCAAGACGGAGUUGGAUUGAUGUGGAAUUUGACCAGGUGUUCGAAUACAAAAUAAUUCCACAGUUCAGCGCAAGGUGUCGGGAUGAGCUUCUUCAGUUUCGGACAAAGUGCUGAAAUUGACAUAGUUCUAAAUGAUGGGGAGACGAGGAAAAAGGCCGAGCACAAAACUGAGGACGGGAAGAAGGACAAAUAUUUUCUGUUUUACGACGGCGAGACAGUGUCUGGCAAAGUCAACGUAACCCUGAAGAACCCAGGGAAAAGGCUCGAGCAUCAAGGAAUCAAAAUAGAAUUUGUCGGACAAAUCGAAUUGUACUAUGACAGAGGAAACCACCAUGAGUUUGUCUCUCUGGUAAAGGAUUUAGCUCGGCCUGGAGAAAUGGCCCAAUCUCAGACCUUUGAUUUCGAGUUCACACAUGUGGAGAAACCAUAUGAGUCUUACACAGGCCAGAAUGUAAAACUUCGCUAUUUUCUGCGGGCGACCAUCAGCAGGAGACUGAAUGACAUCUCCAAAGAGAUGGACAUCGUAGUGCACACACUCAGCACAUAUCCAGAACUUAACUCCUCUAUAAAGAUGGAGGUGGGAAUCGAGGACUGUCUACACAUUGAAUUUGAGUACAACAAAUCAAAGUAUCACUUGAAAGAUGUGAUUGUGGGGAAGAUAUAUUUCUUGCUGGUGCGAAUUAAGAUCAGACACAUGGAAAUUGAUAUCAUUAAACGAGAGACAACGGGGACCGGGCCAAAUGUUUACCAUGAAAACGACACCAUUGCAAAAUACGAGAUCAUGGAUGGGGCACCUGUUCGAGGUGAAUCCAUCCCUAUCCGUCUUUUCCUGGCUGGGUAUGAGAUGACGCCCACCAUGAGGGACAUUAAUAAGAAAUUCUCUGUUCGAUAUUAUCUGAAUCUCGUUCUCAUUGACGAAGAAGAAAGACGUUACUUUAAACAGCAGGAGAUCACACUAUGGAGGAAGGGAGACAUUGUCAGGAAGAGCAUGUCCCAUCAAGCUGCUAUUGCCUCCCAACGCUUUGAGGGCUCAGCAACCGCAGAGAAAGCUCUCGCUCAAGCUAAAGAGGACAGCAACUAAACUUGACCUUUGACAUCUCGUGUGUGUGUGUGUGUGUGUGUGUGUGCAUGUGUGUCGGAGAGAGUGUUUACGGACUGAAACCAAGACUGGAUGGACAGCGUAAACAUGAUUAUUCAUGGCAUUCCUAAACAUUAUAGUUUAUGUUCAACAAGUUCUUAAGUAAGGGAUGAAACAAUGAUUCAAUUGAUAUUUACAAAUUCUGUGUGGCAGUUUCUCUGAUAUUUACUCUUUGUGGGUUUUUUUUAUGUAAUUGAAAUCCUCAUUUGCUUUUAACACGUCAGACUCAGCAGUCCAUUGAGAAACUACAAAACAUUCCAGUCUCUUUAUUCCACUUAAAGUGUAUUUUUAAGUUCUGAUUGUAAGAUUUUGUUAUUGUUGUGUUUUCUUGCAUAACAUAUACAUUGCAAACAGUGUUCAGUUUUAGUUUCCUAAUGCAACAGAGUUUAAUUCAUAUUUGAAGUUUUUGAUAUAGAUAUUUUUAAAUCUUUAUCAUAUGUCAUAUACUUUAAGCACACAAUACAUGCCUUUUUACUUUUUGUUGCCAUUCCUGAAGACAAAUUAUGGGCACUUGAAGGUUGUAGCUGAUGUGAUUUCAGUGUCUCAGGGGGAUACCCUAUACUCCAUAUCAGCCCAAAUUUAGAUUUUAAAUUAACAAACUAAAAUAAUCUCUCUUGUAGAUGAACUCAAAUGCACUUGUGUUUUAUUUAAACUGAGGCCGGUCACUUCAUAUUGAUGAUCAUUGUAUAGGUAGAGUUCUUGUGCUCUGCUCCCUGCCAUGUUUUUAAGUGUGGAAAAUGUUUGAAAUGAAAUUCAGUAUUGUUGCUGUAUGACGUUAGAUUAUGGCAAAGCAGAAAUGUUUGACAAAGUUGUUUGCUGUUGAUUUAGUCUAUUUUACUGUCAACCUCAGUCUUAUUUCACAUUAAUUCCUUAAAUUUUUUUUUUAAGAGUUUAGGAGGCUUUAACAUCUUUAAAUGUCUUGUAUUUGUUCAUGUUUUGACCAACACUGGAAAUCAGCAAGCCUCUUAUUUCAUGUCAUAGUAUUUCCAUUCACUAACCAAUAUAGAAUUAAAACAAAAUCUCUAAUUAUAAUACAGCAACUUUGCAGAUUCUGAUAGUGUGUGAUCAUGAAUCUUUGAAAAGCUUACAGAAGUAUAACCAUACUUAGUGGAGUAUAGAUGAUGUGUUUCCUGGAAGCGUUUCCCAUUUUCAGAAAGCCAGGCCAUUAUGGCUUCUUUUUAAAGAGGUGUUUUGUAAGUGACUGACUGGAUUAUUGCUUCUUGCCAUGUUUAGAAAGAAAGUGGGGGUGUUUAUCUGUCCAUAAAAAAAAAGGAUGAAUCAUCUCGCAUUGAGCUGCCUUCUGUGAGACUGUAAUUUCAAGAUAUUGGUCUGCGAGUACUGUCUUUCACUUAAGUAAAAUGUCCAUGUGCCAGGGACUGAACAUUGGUUAAACUAUAGUAGGUUUGUAGCAUACUGUUCAGACACGAGGGCCUGUGUACAGUUUCUUAAACAUUAUAAAAUUUGCAGUAGUGUCAAUGUAGAUGACCGGAAUUGUAACUGUAAAAUGUAUGAGGACAAGUGCAGUACAUGUCACAGAGGGCUGAAGCUCAUCUUUAAAGACUUCCAAAUAUAACCAAUAUCUCCAAGGUCUGUUUCAUUAAAGCAUCUCUUUGCAGAAUAGUCAUGCCUUUUGCCCUUCAUGGCUGUAUGUGCCAGACUAUGUACGAUUUCUUUUCCUAACGUUCUUUACAUUCAUCAGUGUGCAAAAAAGUGCUGCUUUAAACAGCAUUAAAUAACCAUAUUUCUAUAUUAAUAUUAUGUACAGUAUAGAUUUACAGAAUUGUAAGUAUAUGAUUUUGAAAUGAUUUAGAAAUUGCUGAUUGACAGCUCUUAAGGUACUAGCAGGAUUUACAAGAUUCUAGAAUUUAAACGUGCUAACUUAAAUAGGAGUGCAGAAAACAAAUGAUCUAACUGCUCUUUCAGUACUUGUAUCUUGUGCUCUGUUUAUGAAAUUUGUUUUUACUCUGAUUUCUCAGAUUAAAAGAAUCCUGUAUAAUUUUCAUCUUUUUCCUCAUAAAAA